UGCCGCUGGCCGCGCCUCGCCCCCGCCGCGGCGCCCGCCGGGAGUUGUAGUUCUCGCGCCGCUGCGCCGCGGCCAGAGCAGCGCCGGGAGGCCGCGCGCUGCCCGGGCGGCCCCAGGCAUGGCGGAGGCGGCUCCGUGAGGGCGCCUCAGAAAUGACCUCCGGCCUCUGCUCCCCGUCCUUCUUCCGUGUGGGUGCCGCUGACUGCCGCCGCUGCCGCUCCGGGCUCCCUCAAGCUUAACACAAGGCUAAUCACAGCAGGGAUGUACACACUUGUUAUUUUCACUUGGAAAACCUCAGCCUUCCCUCAUGUUUCAGCAGAACUGAAAGCCUCACAAGACAGCGAUGGCUUUUUCUCUGGAAUUUGAAUAUGGAGGCCACGGGGACAGAUGAAGUAGAAAAGAUCAAAUCAAAGUUUAUGUCUGCAUGGCACAACAUGAAAUACAGUUGGGUGUUGAAAACAAAAACUUACUUCAGUCGGAACUCUCCAGUUUUUCUGCUGGGAAAAUGUUACCACUUCAAAACUGAGGACUCUGGGGAGCUCUCUACAGAUGGGUCCAGUUUUGACAAAAUCAGCACUGAGAUUUCGGGGAACGUGGAGGAAUUCCGCAAGGAUUUCAUUUCCAGGAUCUGGCUGACCUACAGGGAGGAGUUCCCUCAGAUCCAGGGCUCUGCUCUGACCACAGACUGUGGCUGGGGCUGCACGCUCAGGACGGGGCAGAUGCUGCUGGCCCAGGGGCUGAUGCUGCAUUUCCUUGGGAGAGCCUGGGUGUGGCCGGAGGCGCUGGCCAUGGACGGCUGUGACUCGGAGUCGUGGCCCAGCAGCACGGUCAGGAAGCUCACGGCCUCCCUGGAGGCGUCGCUCACGGCCGACAGGGAGCCCAGGCUGCUGGCCCGGCCCCCUGCCCGCAGGGACUGCGAUGGCACCGAGAGGAGGAACGAGCUGUAUCACAGGAAAAUCAUCUCCUGGUUUGGGGACUCCCCCCUGGCAGCCUUUGGGCUGCACCAGCUGAUAGAGUACGGCAAGAAAUCCGGGAAGAUGGCGGGGGACUGGUACGGGCCCGCCGUGGUGGCGCACAUACUGAGAAAAGCUGUUGAAGAAGCAAGAGACCCUGAGCUGCAAGGAGUAACAGUCUAUGUUGCCCAGGAUUGUACAGUGUACAGCUCGGAUGUUAUUGACAGGCAGUGCUCCUUGCUGGGCUCUGGGAGAGCAGCCCCCAAAGCUGUGAUUGUGCUGGUUCCUGUCAGACUCGGUGGGGAGAGAACAAACACUGACUACCUGGAGUUUGUAAAGGGAAUUUUGAGCCUGGAGUACUGUGUUGGCAUCAUUGGUGGCAGACCCAAGCAAUCCUAUUACUUUGCUGGAUUCCAAGAUGACAGUUUGAUUUACAUGGAUCCUCAUUACUGCCAAUCUUUUGUAGAUGUCAGCAUAAAGGAUUUCCCUCUUGAGUCAUUCCACUGUCCUUCUCCCAAAAAGAUGUCCUUCAAAAAAAUGGACCCGAGCUGCACCAUAGGAUUUUACUGUAGGACUGUGCAGGACUUUGAGAAGGCGUCUGAAGAAAUCACCAAGAUGCUGAAAUCUUCAUCCAAGGAGAAAUAUCCCCUGUUUACUUUUGUCAAGGGUCAUUCUAGAGACUAUGACUUUGCUUCCAGUCCACUCCAUGAAGAAAAUGACCUUUUCUCUGAGGAUGAGAAGAAAAGGCUGAAGAGAUUUAGCACAGAGGAGUUUGUCUUGCUUUAAGGACAUUUUACACCGGAGCAUCGGCAGCUGUCCAGGAGAACACUUGCCUUUUAACUCUAAAAUGUACCUGGAUUCCUUCCCCAGAAAGGCAAGCCUGUACUGAAAUUGGUCUAUUUUCAUAAAGAUGAUAAUGUUUUAUAUGUUAAAAGUCUUUAAGAUGUCGGUUACUAAUGUAUGUACUAAUUAUUUUUGCUGACUGCUGGCUGGAGGAGUGUCUGCAGUUGUGGUAGUGAAGGAGAUGCUUUGCUGAGAGCCAGCUGUGCCCAGAUGCCAGCUGUGCCCUGCUGUGCCACUGCAGGCACUGCUGGGGCUGCCUUGCCAGGGAUGCUCCUGCAGGGCUGUUGCUGCUGCAGCACAGCUGGAGCUGUCCCUGUGGGAAGGGGGCAGUGCCAGCCUGGCACCGUGCAGGGCAGCUCCUGCUGCAGGGUCAGGAGUCAGUGGCACUGGCAGCCCUGCCAUCACUGCAUAGGCUGAACUGGGAGUUAAGAUACUAAUUAGCACUAUGACUUUCUAAUGGUUUCUCAUUAAGCUUGCUUUGGAGCCUUAAUAUGAGGAGUGAAGAUAAAGUAUUACCUUUCCCCACAAUUUUUAAAGGUUAUACUAUUAAUAUUAACUGCAACCAAUCAAAGCAGCUGGAGACAAUUAUUAGAAGAGAGCAGUGUUUGUUUCCUGUUUCAGCUACCAUAAUGGUGAGGCUUCUCCUGCCAGAGCAGCUUUUAAAUCAAAGCAGAGGGGGGUGGAUGUGGAAGAUUCUGGGCUGUGAUGAUUUUUUGUUUUGAUACGUGUUGUUACUGUACAAGUGAUUACUUGGUGGUGUUUGUUCUCAGAUUGCAAACAAAUGUACAGAAAUAGUUUCAUGUUUUAACAAAGUAAAUACAAUAUUUAAAAAACCAUAUUAACGCUGGUUGGGAAAUAAAAGAGGUAUGAAAACAUGAA